AUGCAUGCAGAGGGGAGAGAGGGUGGCGCUCGGAGAGAGAGAAUAUACGGUGGCCGGCGGAGCGUCACCUACUGCGAAACCGCGUUCAGAUGCCCGAGCGGGGCAGGCAACGGGACGAAGAUAAACUCUAGUUGACUUUCCCUCUCCUCUACUGAGACCCCUGGAAAGUCACGGAUAUUAGUUCCACAAAAACAAUAAAAUAUACCGACUCCAGGAAAUCGGUAAUUCCCAAAAUAGGAAAUUUCGAGGAAGUUCUUCCUAAAUAUCAGCUUCUGAUUUAGUUUGUCGGAAGGGUUGGUGUUUGCUCUACGGUUCCAUAUCGAGAGCCCAGUAAAGAGGGGGGAAAUUAUGUGGGACGGUCAACCAACCCACUUGCCCCAUUGGGAGCUGACUCGUGGCCGCAGUGUAUUAGCUAUAUGAUACGUGACCAAUAAGGUUGCGACGUCCACGCUGGUUGACUACUUUUUUUUUACUAUGAUACGUAAUUUCAAACGGGGUGGACCUGGACAUGGAGCACGAUUUUUAUUUCGCCGUACGAAAAAUAGCCCGUACGGACGCGUCACUCGUGCCCCCCAGCCCCGCUCGCACGGCAGCCGCCUCUCGUGGGGCCCGGCGGGGAAAGACCGACAGACCCAGGGACUAAAGAAAGGUAGGCAGAAGGGGAUCAACAAGAAAACUCGGGGUACGUUUGACCUUCUUUCUGUCCUCAAAUUCUCUUUCUCUCUCUCUCUCCCUCUCUCUCUCCUCAACGAGAGGAAAUCCUCCUGGUCGAUGUAUGACCUUCUUUCUGCCCUCACCAGCUCUAGCUCUCUCUCUCUCUCUCUGUGUCAACCGGAGGAACUCCUCGUGGCUCGUGUUUGACCUUCUUUCUGUCCUUCCUAGCUCUAGCUCUCUCUCUCUCUCUCUCUCUCACACACACACACACACACACACACAACAGGAGGAAAUCCUCGUAGCUCGUGUUUGACCUUCUUUCUGCAUUCACCAGCUCUCUGUCUAUCUGUCUGUCUGUCUCUUUCUCUCUCUCUCUAUACAGGAGGAAAUCCUCGUGGCCCCUGUUUGAUCUUCUUUCUGCACUGACCAGCUCUCCUUCUCUCUGUUUGUCUGUCUGUCUGUCUGUCUCUCUCAAUAGGAGGUGAGGCGUCUGGUGUCACCGACCAAAUAAGAGCAAGACCGUCGGUUAGUUGAGGAGGCGGACAGAGUUGAAUGAGCUGGGUGACUUACUAAAAUCGCAUUACGCGGUAUGUAUCCGACUGUGAUUAAUACUGGUUAGCUGAAGAAUAAAAUAAUCAAAAGAAGGGGAAAUGAGAGGUGAUGAAUGAGGAGAAUAGAAAUCACUGGCAAGGAGGGUUGUGGAAGAUGUUCGAGGACACCAGCUGUUCUCCAACGUGACCGCCAGCUGUUCUCUUUCCCCCAUUAAUUCUUUUUAGUGA